GUGUGGAGGGAGACUCCAGCGGGGAAGGACGUUCAGACGGGCGGAGCUGCCGCGGUGCGUUCUCUCGGGGAGGUUCUUCAAGCCGGGAUGCUCCUCUUCGGAAAGCCGUCUGUCUGAGUCCGGCUGCCUGGCUGAGGACCGAGGUUCGAGCGGCGGAGGAGUCCGGCGGAGUCCGAGGAGCCCGCCGCGUCCCCGGCUCGAGAACCGUCUCUUUGUUCGCGUCUCCUCCACCAUGGAUCCGUCAGACCGGGAGCGCAGGUCGGACGACGAGGAAGACUAUGACGAGGAGGAGGUGGACCCGAGGAUCCAGGGCGAGCUGGAGAAACUCAACCAGUCCACAGACGACAUCAAUCGCUGCGAGGUCGAGCUGGAGGAUGCGAGGCAGAGGUUCCGCUCCGUCCUGGUGGAGGCCACCGUCAAGCUGGACGAGCUGGUGAAGAAGAUCGGGAAGGCCGUGGACGAGUCCAAACCCUACUGGGAGGCCCGCCGGCUGGCCAGACAGGCUCAGCUGGAGGCCCAGAAAGCCACGCAGGACUUCCAGAGAGCCACCGAGGUUCUGCGGGCGGCCAAGGAGACCAUCUCCCUGGCCGAGCAGCGGCUGCUGGAGGAGGACAACCGGCAGUUCGACUCCGCCUGGCAGGAGAUGCUGAACCACGCCACUCAGAGGGUGAUGGAGGCGGAGCAGACCAAGACGAGGAGCGAGCUGCUGCACAGGGAGACGGCGGCCAAAUACACGGCGGCCAUCGGCCGCAUGAAGCAGCUGGAGAAGAAGCUCAAGCGCACCAUCAACAAGUCCAAGCCCUACUUUGAGAUGAAGGCCAAAUACUACCUGCAGCUGGAGAACCUGAAGAAGACGGUGGACGAGCGGCAGGCCAGGCUCUCCCAGGCCAAAGGUCAGUACAAGGCGGCCCUCCGGAGCCUGGAGACCAUCUCCGACGAGAUCCACGAGCGGCGGCGCAGCUCCGCCAUGGGGCCCCGGGUCCGCGGCGUCGGCUCCGAGGGCGACGGCGUGACGGGAGACGACCUCUCCGAAUUCAAGAUGGAUUCCGACGGAAUAUCCAUGGCGUCGGUGUGUUUCGACGACGAGCCGUGCGCCGGCGGCAGCCUCAUGUCGGAGGAGGACUCGGAGACUCGCUCCACCUGCAGCCUGGGCUCGUCUCCCAGCAGCCCCCAGGAGCUCCUGUCUCCCUGCCCCUUCGCCGGCUCCUCCUCCUCGUCCUCGUCUUCGUCCUGCUCCGCCUCCUCGCCGUCCCCCACCCCGUCCUCCUCGUCCUCCGCCUCCUCGCCGGCGCCGCCGUCGCGGCCCUGCAGCCUGGACCUGCCCAGCACCGUGUCGCUGUCCGACUUCGGCCUCAUCUCUCCGGUGCUCGGCCCUCGCAGCGAGUGCAGCGGCGCCUCGUCGCCCGAGUGCGACCUGGAGAGAGGCGACCGGGCCGACGGUGCAGAGGUGCGUCUGGACAACGCCCCGCCCACCGCCGCCAACAACAACAACAACCCCGCCCACGUCCCGCCGCCCGGCGCCAAGCGCGGCUUCGGCCUGGAUUCCCGCUUCAGCUUCCUCAACCUGCGGCGCCAGAAAGCCGACAGCGCCAAGAACCCCAAGGCGGAGGCGGAGCUGGAGGCGGGCCGCACCGUGGUGCUGCUCAAAGGAGUGUGAACGUGCCCCCGCACACACUCACACACACUCCUCCCUUCGGCUCCUCGAGGACUCGGUGUCGAGAAUUCAGCAGCACUCAUGUCGAAAAGAAGAAGCUCUAAAUUAUUUUCUUCCACUUAAAGCAGAAAAACUUGCUUCUCCGUCUGUUUAAUCCGACUUCAAGUGUAAAACUCAGCAUGUUGUCACUCACGUGUGUGUGUGAGCGACAAAGAAGACUGCGGUGUGUUUUCUGACCUUAUCUGUGUGCGUGUGCGUGCGUUGUGUGUGUGUUAGUUUUCCCACAUGAACUCUGAGAAGCUCCGCUCUCGCUCCUCCACCACGACCACGAUAUUUUAUAUACAAACUGUCUUUGAAUGGAAGGAACGGUUUCACUGUGCAGACCAACAAUAAAGUCAUCCCAGCGCUCCACUAGGGGGAGCUCUUCUAACCAUCCCGCAGUGGGAGGUCCAACAUGAGGCCCCCCCGCCUUUUAGCUCCAGACAGGAAGUGAAAUAGGGCUGGAAAUGAACAUCAAAAUACUAAUUCAACACCUGAAAAUAUCGAUUCAACAGCGGAAAUUACUGAUUCAAGAUGAUAAAAUACGAAUUCUGAAUUCUGGGGCUCAGAGCAGAAAGGAGUGACGUGCCGCCGCCGAGCGUCUGCUUCAUGCUGUCGAACCAGAUCUGAAGGAAAGUUUCACAUUUUGCCUCCUUAAAGUU